AUGGCUUUAGUGAGUGUCUACAGGUCCUCAUCUGCUAAGUAUGUCCUUGGUACCAAGACUUUCACCCUCCCCACCCAGGACAAUGGGUAACUGUCUGCACCUUCCACUGAGCUCUGCAAUUAUCAUGAUAAUUAUUGUCAGCUGGCUCGGGCAAUGUAAGAACUAGGUACUUGCCAGUCAACCCCUCUAGUAAACACUGCUCCUUAGCGAAUUAACCGGGAUUGUGUCAAAAUAGCCUCCUCCCUACUCCACUGGUUUUGCCCCCCAGGUCUGAUCCACGCACCCACUGUUAGGGCAGGCCCUGGGCUAUCCACCUGCACUGACCAAGACGGCAAGCGCCCCACAUUUUUGGAGGCCGUACCGGCUUGGAGCCAGGCUAUGCCUGGCACCAGGUAAAAAGUUAGUGCUGGCCACAUUUUAAAGAAAGGAGACCAAUGUACAAUAAGGUAGGUCAGUAGUUACAAGUGACUGAUGAAAAAGAUAUAGCUGAUGUUAAACCAUUAAGCAAAUAAAAAUGAGAAAAAAUAAAGUAAAUUAAACAAAUAAUAAAUAAAUUAAAUGAAAUAAAAUGUUAAGUACAUGUACAUAAAAUGAAUUAAGAAGUGACAACCUAAGGCUAGCACAUUAACUAGCGACAUCUCAUCCUUUCAGGAAGAGAGAAAAGUUAUUUCACAGAAACACACUCAGGAUUAUUACUUAA